UUUUUUUUUUUCUGUUUGAAAUGCACCAUUUCUAUCUUUCUCUUUUUAUAUAGAAAACAACAUGUCAGUAGACGGUGAUGGCUCGAGCAAUUCCAACCCUCCUUCGUCUUCUCAACCACAACAGUUAACACAUCAAGAUCUCAACUUUUCAUUGAAUGAUAUACUAAGCAAUAAUCAUGAUGUCAAUGACUCUUCAUUUCAAUCUAUUGUACAAACACUAAGCAAUAACAGCAACGAGCAGCAUAUUAUGCCUUCUUAUGCUCACUUGCCUGCUGAGUUACAAGACUUGUUUAAUAACAACGAAACAGACGAUCUAUUAUCUGUUCAAAGCAGCAAUACAGACGCGUCGAUUCUUCAAGGUGAUUUGAUGUGGCAACAACAACCAUUCAUGCAACAGCAAAAGGAGAAUCCCACUAGUUCUCUUCAAACAAACAUGAAUUCCCCUGUUUCAACUUCUUCACCUGCCAUGUCUUCAUUGCAUGUGCCAACGACGUUGAACCAAACAGCUUCUACUACGUUGUUGGAUAACAUCACAGCUCAGUUACCACCUGAAAGAAAAGACAAGUUUAUCCAAUUGUUUAGGGAAUUACAAACCAACCAAGUAUCUGCACAGCAGUUUUUAUCAAAAGCAAAGACAUUGUUAGGACAACAAGAAUAUCAACAGUUAGAAGACUUAAAAAACAAACCAGUGCAUAUGAAAACCAAUGAAGAAGAGACUCGAAAAAGAACACUAUCUAGCCAACAGUUACGAAAUGAGGACGCACAAAGGUCUAUGUCUAGCAUGAUUAUACCUCAAUUGAAAAGAGCCAAGACAGAACAUAUACCACAACAACAGCAACAGCAACUACAGCAACUACAAAUGCAACUUCAACAACAACAUCAAAUGCAAAUGCUUCAAAAGCAACAACAACAACAACAACAACAACAACAACAACAACAACAACAACAACAAGCGAAAACAAAAUCAAAGCCUAAAGUACAAUCACCACCACCACCUUCUUCUUCUUCUCCUUCUGUUCAAAUUGUUCAACCCACUGUCUUCAAGACACCAAAUACACCAUUACAAGUACCUACAAAAACCAAUUUAACUACUCCCAAUAAAUCCGCUUCUGCUCCUCCUAUACCUAUUGCAUCCAAUACAGCACAGACAACAAUGACAACAACAACAACAAGCAAUGCUGGAGAUAGUCGUAUUGAUUAUGAUACGCUGACAGAUGUUAUGGGAUAUGCAGGUGUUGAUUUGAAAGAAGAAGCAGAACAUUUUAUGCGUGAAGAAGAAGGCAUUCAACAUCUAUUACCAGAUGGCAUGGAUCGAUCCAAAGCACAGGAUUUCAUGAAUCCUGAUUUAUUACGUGCUAAAAUUCUAAAUUGUGCCAAAUGUGUUGAUGUUACAGAGAUUGAUAGUGAUUUUGUGUCUUAUAUGGCAUUGGCCACACAAGAUCGUAUUCGAACUGUAUUAGAAGCUAUGGUGGCUGCUUCUAAACACCGCGAAUUUAAUCCUUUUAAAAAACCACCCAUGACACCUGAAGGCCAUCCUUUAUUCAAGAUUCAAGUGAAACAAAAUGUUAAGUUACAAUUAGAAGCUAUUGAACAAGUAGAAAGACAAGCUGCCUUAGAUUUAGACCCUCAACAACAAGAAGACGAACAAGACGAUGAACCCAUGGAAAUGGGAUGGUAUUCAAAUCGAUCUAAAAAGCCACUCAAAUCCCAAACACAGGAAAGAAAAGUGACUGUACAAGAUGCUAUCUUUGUGAUGGAAAGAGAUGUUCAAGGAGGAAGAGGCACCAAUCAACGUACUUUAUUAAAAGCAUAUAAUGAAUGUAAGAAUACAUGCAUAUUCUCUACAAACAGGAUAGUACGAACCAAAAGUCAAUCUAUCCUACCUUUCCCGAAGGGCACAAUCUAUAGAAUAGAAUAAAAAGAAAGACCACAGGAUAGAGUUUGAACAAGCCACAUGAACGACUGUCUUUUUUUGUUGUCCUGAUAACAUGGAUGUUUAUUAUUAUGUUACAUUGAAGAAACAAGCUUAGUUUGUUCUUCAACAACUGCUUGUUUGAAAUCAGCUACUUGCUUCCAGCAAUUGAGUGAUUUGUCCUUGUUUUGACUGUAUAGAGUGUGAAUUUCAUCUAGAUAACCAUAAACCACUUACUUGUAACAAGCCAUCAAUUCGUCUUGGUAUUUCUUGAUAUUUUCAGGCACCUGUUUGGCCAUGGGUCUAAACAGCCAUUAAGGAUACAUAAAAAAAAGACUUUUUUUUUUUACUCUUUCUCUUACCUGGAAAUCAUUUGAGUAAUAGGCUCACUUUCCACUUCUUUUUCAGCCUUGGUUU